AUGGAUCUGCCAGAUAAGGAUCUGGAUCCGGACACCUUAAAAUUAUCCGGAUACCCGAUCCGUCUCAGGCAUAGCUAUCAAGGUGAUGGUGGAUACCGAAGUCGAGGAGGUGGUGGUUACGGAGAAAAUGGUGGUCAUGGAGAAUGCAGUGGUGGUAGACGUGAAGGUGGAUACCGUUGUAGAAGUGGUUGCGGUGGUGGUGGUGGUGGUGGUGGAUACGCAAUGACAACGAAGGUAGUGGUUAAAAUGGUGGUUAUAGAAGGUGGUGGUGGAAAAUGUAAAGGUGGAUACUGCAGUGGAGGUGGUGGUGGAUACCUUAACGGAAGAGAUGGAGGAUAA